AGCAGAGCACUGGCAAAGCUGGUCCAUCACUUUGGAUGGACCUGGAUUGGUGCUCUUGCUGUUGAUAAUAGAUAUGGCCUGAAUGGCAUGGCUUUAUUUAUCAAAGCUGCAAAAGAAUAUGGAGUGUGCAUUGAGUAUUCUGAAGCAUUUUCAUUGUCGGGUCCACCUGAUAGCCUACAGAAUAUAAUAGAGAUCAUUACGCAUGCCACUUCCAAAGUGAUAAUGGCUUUUAUGUCCCACAGAGAAAUUAAGUUGCUGGCGACUGAGUUUUACAGACAGAACAUUAAAGGAAUGCAGCUGGUUGGCAGUGACGCCUGGAUCACAGAUCACUCUCUCACUGACAGCGAGGGUCGCAGCAUCCUUGUGGGCUCACUGGGCUUCGUUGUGAGCAAAGCUCAGAUCCCGGCGCUGGAGGAACACCUGAGGCAGAUCCAUCGCUCACAGUUUCCAAACAGACAGUUUUUAAGAGAUUUCUGGGAGGAUUUGUUCAACUGCGCCCUGAAUGACUCAGAAAUAAAGCCAUGCAGUGGCUUUGAGAGCUUGCUGAAU